CAGAAACUUUAAUAAUGGUGUGUGUUAUUUCAUAACAGAUGUUGGAUGAAUGGCAAAACCACACUUGGCUUACAACGCCAACAACAAAACUGCUGGGUUAUGAUAAUUCACUGUUGGAGGGAAUUGGCAGAAUGGUUGGAGCUUAUUCUGAUGAAGUCGCUCUCAUGAAUUCAUUGACAGUGAACUUAAACUUUCUGUUAAUUUCCUUUUACAAUCCAACUAAGCAGAGAUUUAAGAUAAUUCUUGAGCAGGAUGCCUUUCCUACAGUUUUCUAUGCUUGUGAAUCACACAUAUUGCAACGAGGAUUUAAACCUGAAGAUUGUUUGGUUUACGUAAAACCACACCCGGAUAGUAAACUGCUCGACACAAGCGAUAUAUUGAAUGUGAUUGAAGAAGAGGGAGAUUCUGUGGCUCUUGUGUUGCUUUGUGGUAUCCAGUAUUUGACCGGACAGUUACUCGACAUGAGAGGUAUAACUGCUGCUGCUCAUGCUAAAGGUUGCAAGGUUGGCUAUGACCUGGCACAUGCAAUAGGAAAUGUUGAACUUCAUCUUCAUGAUUGGAACGUUGACUUUGCUGUGUGGGCAAACUAUAAGUUCAUGAAUUCAUGUGUCGGAGCAACUGGUGGAGCGUUUAUGCAUAAGAAACAUAAAAACAAUAAAUUUCCAAAACUUUUAGGGUGGUGGGGUCAUUCUGAAAAAACAAGGUUUGACUUCAACAGCGAUCAUGAUUUUUCUGUUGGCAUCAAAGGUUACCAUAACUCAAUCCCAUCGGCUGUAAGCUUGGCUUGUAUUGCUGCUAGCUUGGAAAUAUUUGGAAAGACAAACAUGAGAGAUUUUAGAAAGAAAAGCAUUUUAUUAAACUGUUAUUUAGAAAGUCUUCUUGAGCCAAACCUAAAAAAGUAUGGCAUAAACAUCAUCACACCUUCUAAUUAUCAACAGCGUGGUUGUCAGCUAUCUAUAACCUUUACUCAAUAUGAUGCAGAUAAGGUUGUAGCCGGCCUUGUUUCACAUGGUGUGCUCUGUAUUGUGUCAUUGGGUAUACUAAGAUUGUCUCCAAACCCUCUGCAUACAAGUUUUAUGGAUGUCUUUAGAUUUGUCCAAUUGUUGCUCCAGAUCCUUGACGACCUAACAGAAACCAAAUAAAUGUCAAUGUACCAAUGUAUUUAUAUAUUAUAUUCAGUAUACAUGAAAUAAAGUUAAUUAAAUUCUGUCCAAACUUCUUACCCACAUAUAUCUGUAUUUUUUAACUCUUUAUUGUAUUAUAUGCACCGUCAUCUUUAAAAUUAUAAUAUAAAAAGUAUGGCCAUUGCC